AAUAUUGGACAAAUGAUUUUGAAAUGUUGAAGGCGAAAACCGAGCAAGUUUUUAACGCCACCGUUAAAGCGAGUAACUUCUGCUAGCAGACUACGUUUUCCUAUCGACAUUUUUGUUUAUACUUCACACGCUUUACGUACAUAAUACAAAGUUGCACAGGCCUAAAGAAGGUGCAAAAGACAUGGCAGAUUCAGCUUUAGAAUUAGAAGAGAAAGUUGUUCCCAAGAUGGAAAAUCGAACAACAAAGUCGCAAGGACAUGCUUCCUCUAGUGACGAUAAAAAGAUCACCCUGUUAUCACUCAAUGAUGAUGUUUUCCAAGAAAUACUCUCACAUUUGUCUUAUGAUGAAAUUGCAAAGUUGAGACUGGUUGGGCGUCACUUCAAUGAAGUGUGCCAAAAAAUUUUGAAUAAAGGCUUCUUAUCUGUUCAACGAUAUCACAAUCGUUGUCUCAAAGAGAUGAAAGCCAAGUUACCGAGAAGGGAAUCUGAGAGAAGAGCUCAUCCUCUUGCAAGGCAUAUUGAUGUUUUAACAGGCAUUGAAACACGCUUGUCUCUCUUGUCAAUGACAUAUUACAAAUAUACGGUGGUUGGAGUGUUCUGUUUCAUUCCAGGAAAAGUACUAGAUGAAUGCUACAGAGUGCUCAGGGAAGUUGUGGUGCACAAAAAUCCUCCAAAGUCAUACGAACUGUUGCAAGAGCUCAGAGACAUUUCAUCCAUGGCCAUGGAGCAUUUUGAGGAACACAUUGUUCCCACCAUGAAGCGAAACCAGAUGAUCAACACCGCCAUCCGCAACAGUUCACCUCGUUUCAUUCGCUGCGUCGCCGAUGCCGACGACAGCGAUUCCGAGUCCACUUUGCCAUCUCCCUCGUCUUCUUCUAGUUGUCCACCGAUGGUCAACAUGGCCAGUAGAACUUUGAACAGUUUUGUCCGUUCUUCGUGCGCUAGUCCCAGCAGUAGCCCAAACUCCAGUCUUUCUUCCAGUAUCAAAAUCGAAUUGGUAGUUCAGCAAAAUCGCUUACUGAUUAACAGCCAGAAAAGGCAGAUCGUCGAUCUCAAAACUAAGGUGAAUGAGAAUGGCAGGAAAAUUGCUGAACAAGACAGAAAAGCUUCUGAACAAGACAGAAAAAUUGCUGAACAAGACAGACUACUCAGCGAGUACAGCAGAAAGCUUAUCCAGCUGGAACAGAAAAUCAGCAACAGUGAGGCUGUGGGCGUCCACGUUCAGCCGGUGGCAACUCCGCCUCCAAGUAGUCGCAAGCGCCAGAUGAAAGUUGAGAGGACCAUCGCCGAAGGAAUUCCUACUGCCAAGCGCAUAAAAGUGGAGAAAACCACCGCCACCAAAGAAUCGCCGGUCGUCGUCAAGCGCAAAGUUCCCUCGUCUGCUCAGUCAAAGUCUGCUCCUCCGAUCGUGGUGCGCAAAACUAUUAGGUCCGCUCCGGUCGUCAAGCGUGAAAUUAUUCGGGCCAUCAAACGAGAAAAGUCUGCCGCCACAAAUUUCACCAUGGCACUGCGCAACCGGAAGAAUUAAAAAUUCAAACCAAUAUGGCGCCAAAAAAAUGAAGAUCGUCUUUUGAAAACCCGGACGGACCAAAUUAUAAAUUAUUUUACUUUUUUUUUCUUUUCAUCGUGUGGUUAAUUUUCAAUUCGAUUUCACAACCUUUUCAGUUCUUUUUUUUUCUUUUGCGAAAUUUUUGGGAGUACGUAUCUAAUCCCCACCAAGUUCAUUUUCUGUUAGCGUUAUUUAAGGAUUUCUCCGUGAUCUGUUCGUCAAACAAAAUGUGUGUGUACAACGGAAUGUUGUACGUGUAAACCGUACUAAACCUGAAACUUAGCGUCGUGGAAGAAAUAGAGUGUCGAAAAAUCAA